AACGCGAUCGGCUAACAUCUUCGCACCGCUCCGCCCUUCUUAGCUUUACCGUUACGCCUGCGGUCGGGAACUAGCUACUGUAUCUAAAAAUCUGAAAAAUCAUGGCCAGGUUAAACGCUCUGCUGCUGCCCCUUCUUUUGUUUAUUUUAGCUUUUGUGGUGCACACAUCAUUGGCCACAGUUCAGCCAAAGGCACCAAAUUUUCAGUACUUUGAAAGACCCAAGUACCGUUACCCCUACUACGAUGAACAUGGACGCGGCAAACUUCUGUAUGGCUACGGUGGACCAGAAUUGUACCAGUACAAGACCUACACGCCACUGGAGGGCAUACACUAAGCAUAUUUAACUAAUAGAUGCAUUGUAGUUCAUAAUUUAUAUAUUAUCUGCCUUAUCUAAAUUAAACGUUUUUUUAUUUAUCUGUAACGUUCAAAAACUCUCCUUAACUUCAGCAACAGAUGGCGCUGUUAAGACCAUCUGGCGUUU